UACAUUUAUGUGAAAACACUCGUUCUCAUUAAUCUCUCUCUCUGCCCAAACCAACAAUAUUCAACCAACAAUACUUGAUGGGUCUCUCUUACCGAAAUCUGUCACUUGUAGUCACAAGCUCAGAUCUUCUUUCCCAUCUGCAAGAUUUAGAGCUCGAUGGAGGAGAAAAAGUUGUUAGCUUUCAAUGGCUUGGGCCACACUUUUUGGCUAUUCUCGAAUAUGCAACAAAACUGUACGAUCGUCGAGACUCAGGGUAUUAUGAUGUUGAUCCAGAAAUAGGGUCAAUACCGCAGUCCAACAACAGAUUUUGGGAGCCGUUGGAGCUUCUUGAUGAUUCGGCCUGCGCUUGCAUCUUACAUGGAGAGACUGAAGAUUACAAAAACUUUUUAGAAAUCAUUCUCUCUUUCAUGCCAGAGCUUAAGAACUUCUUCACGAUGCAAAACUCGCUUUACCUCCUUCAAUUUUCUUCUGAGGAUCUCCCUUGGGACGUAGAGAGAAUUUUUGUGGGGUCUUAUGCAUCAGUUAUAUGGGCAGAUUCCAUCGAGUUUCUUAUUGAAACUAUUGGAAUUUUGCUUAGUUGCCAAAGGCUUUCCAAUGUUCUUGUGAGUAAUCAAGUCAGUGUUCUUCUGAAGGAACUGAAAUUUCUGUCCACUUUUAUUCUUGAUACAUUCGAAUGCGUUGGAGACGGAGAACAGAACCUGCAUAUAUUGCAAGAUAUUGAUGAUGUUUUUAUGGAAGUAAGGCUUUUCUUGCAAUCUUUCUUUUUCACAACAGACACUGUUACUGCGAGAAAAAUGGAUCGGGCAGUUUUUGUUCUGUUAAGAAGGAUUGAGAUUGUGAAAGUGAAGAUCAAAGAUCGUUGGGUUGCAUUCUCAACGAAUCUUGGAAUUGGAAGCCUACAAGUUGAAGAAAGUCCAAUUGAAGUAUCAUCAUCCCAAGAUAAAAGCAUUCCCAUCGUAGAAGAGACGCCGGUGGGCCUUGAGGAGAUGACAACACGAAUUGCAAGCAAGCUUCUUGGAGGACCAGAAUACCGCCAGAUUAUUUCAAUUGCUGGAAUGCCUGGACUUGGGAAGACUACUUUAGCAAAGAAAAUAUACGUACUUUCCAAUGUUCGGCACUAUUUUGAUAAGCUUUCUUGGUGUGUUGUUUCUCAAACUUAUAAUAAGAGAAAGCUGUUGAUAGACAUUUUGAGCUCCUUAAGUGACCUUAACAGAGACUACAUUUCAGAAAUAGAAGAUGAAGGAAAGUUGGCCGAACGUCUUUACAAAAGUUUAAAGGGUAGAAGAUACCUCAUUGUUAUGGAUGAUUUAUGGGAUACAAAUGCAUGGGAUGAUUUGAAAAGCCUAUUUCCAGAGGAUAGAAAUGGAAGCAGAAUAUUGUUUACCGGUCGGCUGAAAAAUGUGGCAUUGGAAAUUUCACAUGUUAUCAUUGAACCUCCUCUCUUGUCAACAGAUGAAAGUUGGGAUUUAUUAAAGAAGAAUGUGUUCAAGAAAGAACGUUGCCCUCAGGAACUGCAAGAUAUUGGAAUGCAAAUUGCAAAAAAUUGUCAUGGACUCCCGCUUUCAGUCGUUACGAUAGCUGGAGUUCUUUCGAAUAUGGAGAAGCAAGCAAGCUCAUGGCAACGAGUUGCAAAAGAAUUAAGUGCUUUUAUUUCCCAAAAAGCUGAUGACUACAUUCCCUCAUUGGAACUUAGUUUCUGGCAUUUACCAAAGCACUUGAAGCCUUGUUUCCUCUAUCUUAGUGCAUUCCAGGAAGACGAGGAAAUUCCAGUUGGAAAGCUAUUAUUACUAUGGAUAGCUGAAGAUUUCAUAGAGAGAAGGGAGCAAAAGAGCCUAGAAGAUGUAGCAGAGGAGUACCUAACUGACCUAAUUAAUAGGAGCCUGCUGCAAGUUGCCAAAAGAAGAAGUGACAAUGGAGUAAAAGCAUGUACUCUUCACGAUCUAAUACUCGACAUGUGCAGGAAAAUAGCUGUAGAAGAUGAAGGAUUUCUGUUUCAACAUCAAUUUUUGAUAUCUAAGAAUCGUCAUCGCUUGUGCAUGGAUCGGUCUCUUCAUCUCACCAAUGCCUUAUCCACUCUUUACAAUCCAGAAAAAGUUAGGAUCUUUUAUUCAGAUUCAGUACCCGGUAGUAGCGUUGUUACUGAGCUGGGAAUCAAAAUUAUGCCUGAUUUGAGGUGUUUGAAUAUUUCAUCAUUAAAGUCAUCAAUAAGCAGACUCCAAAACCUAGAGUUUCUUGUUGUGAGACACUGUUAUGCAGAAAUACCAGCAUACCUUCCCUGUAUGCCUAAGUUGAGACAUCUAUGUAUUGGACGAGGAUCUCACCCUGCACGAUUCAGUACGGAAUGUGAUAACUCCCGAAUAAAUAGCCUACAAACUCUUUUUUACGUUGAUUUGGAAGAUGAAGAAAUCUUAAGAUGCUCACCAAAUCUUCGUGAGCUUAAAUGCACAUCUCCAGACAAUCGUUGCCCUGAUCUCAACUUUCUUCCUCGGCUUGAAUCACUAACAAUGACUUGGAGAGGUAUAUUCAAAGGUGAUUAUUCAGUUGUUAACUUUCCUAGGAAUAUCAAAAAGCUAACUCUUUCUAAAUUCGGUUUGCCUUGGGAAAAAAUGUCAUUAAUUGGGACAUUGCCCAACUUGGAGAUUUUGAAAUUACAAGAAACUUUUGAGGGGGAAAUUUGGGACACCAAAGAUGACGAAUUCCAAAAACUCAAAUUCCUUCAAUUAUAUCGCCUGGAGCUCAAACAAUGGAAUUCGUCGCACAAUCAUUUUCCUGUACUCGAACGAUUGGUGUUGCGAGAUUGCAUAGAUUUGGAGGAGAUUCCUUUUGAAUUUAGUUACAUUUCAACAAUACAGGAGAUUAAGGUACUUUAUUGUGGCAAAAAAGUCGAAACUUCAGCUUGGGAAAUUCGUCGAGAACAACUAGAUUAUGGUAAUACAAUGUUUGAUGUGACCAUCCAAAGCAUUUGAUUGUGAAGACAACCUCGUUCUACAGGUUUUGAUUAUAAUAGUUUUUCAAUUGAUAUCUUGUGUUA